AUUGCCCCACCACUCUCAUCUUUCAAGCACUUAAAUUCUUCCCCUCACAUUAAUUCAUCAUCUUCUCAUUUUCCACUUUGCUUCUAUAUCUCUCUUCAAAACUCACUCAUAAUUUCUCUCCUUCUUCUACUUUUUCUCCUUCAAGAAUUUCAAUAAGAAUGCGAAAUUUGAGUUCACUCAAGAGAGAAUUCUUAAAGAAAUGGGUAAAGGGUCUAAGAAAAUACAACUCACAAAAGAAGAACAUGAACUUGUUGGAGAGAAAGAAAGCCAUAAAGCUUUCCGCAGAUUUAGCCAUGGCUUCCACUAAAGACAAAACUACCCUUUGGAGAAAAGCAUUUAUUGCAAACACUUCAACAAGCAUACAUGAACAAGAUACAUCAACAUCAUCACCACAAAAGAAGAAGAUAACAAAGAAAAACUCGACGAAUUCGUGUCGGCUUUAUCGAAAAAGGAUAAUUGGAAGCAGAAAGAUCUUGAGAAGACAUCAUGUGAAACAAAGAGUGGAGGCAAGUUUUAUUGCAACCAAGUUGGUUAAGAAAAGAACAAGAACACUCAAGAGUUUGUUACCUGGUGGAAAAUUCAUGGAUGAUGCUUGUUUGGUUGAUGAAACCCUAGAUUAUAUACAAUCUUUGAAAGCUCAAGUUGAAGUCAUGAGAUGUCUUGUUACUGCCUCAGAGCUCUUCAUAAAUCCACCGUAAAUUUAUAUAUUAUAUAGUAUAAUCAAUUCAUAGUGUAUUAGAUUUUAUUAUAUAAAAUAUUUUGAUAUAAUUAAAAAUAUUUAUUUUCUUUUUUUAAAAAAAAUUCCCUCUAUUUACACUUUAUCUUUGCAAGCUAGAGGUGAUGGAGGAAAGAGGUGUUUGUAUACAUACAUUAAAGCAAUGUACAGAGGAAAACAUUAUAUGUAAGUCAUUAAAUUAUGUUUUUAAUUUUCAUAAUGUUGCUUGAAUAUUGUUAUAAA